AUGUCGUCACCACAGCUCCAAGUGGUUGAUGGCAUUGCAUUGAACCAGAUUUUCCUCGGCCUCAAACUGAGUAAUGAGGAGGAUCGAUCACGCAGUGCUAUAGAGUUACGGAACUUUCUCGCGUCCAUAGCCAGAGAUUUGACACCAGAACAAUUUAACAAGUACAACAAUGAAAUCAACAAGACAAUAUUUGAUUUCCUUCAAAGCAAGGAUACCGUACAAACCUUGGGUGGCAUUGCUGCUUUAAAUGCAUUGAUCGAUUUUGAUAGUGGGGUGGGAGAAGAGAAUGCUACAAAAACUGCUCGGUUUUCGAACUACUUGAGCUCCUUGAUUCUCUCCAAUGAUCUUACGAUUAUGAAACAAGCGACAAAGACACUAGGCAAGUUGGCCACGCCCAGAGGAACUUUAACAGGAGACUUUGUGGACUUCGAGGCCAAAAAGGCAAUCGAAUGGCUCCAGAGUGACAACCGGCAGCAUGAAAAUAGAAGACAUGCAGCAAUAUUAAUCAUUUCUGCAUUAGCAGAUAAUGCGCCGUUGCUUCUUCAAGGCUAUAUUACACAGAUUUUGGAGCACAUUUGGAUUCCAUUGAAGGACAACAAGCUCAUCAUUCGGACAGAUGCAGCCGAAACUCUCCAAAAGUGUAUGUCUAUUCUCUAUUCACGAGACGUUGAAUUAAGAAAGAAAUGGAUCAGAAUUUUGAUUGAUCUGGCAUCCAAAAUUCUUAAUGAGAGUGGCAUGAAACCAAACAACGGCGGCUCCUCUUCAAGUUAUAAUUUGAUUUACAGUGCAAAUGGCUAUUCAAGUGAAGCGAUCCACGGUGCCCUCUUGGUUUACCGAGAAUUGGUCAAAUAUUAUGAGGAUCCGUAUAUUAAGUACAUGUUCGAAACGAUGUACGAAAACAUCACCAUAUACAAGAAUCACAAGAUGUCUAUUAUCCGGAAAGAGCUCACAAACAUAUAUCCAUUGCUCUGUAAGGUGAACCCUGAUAUGUUUGUGGAGAAAUACUUGCAUAGAACGUUGUAUUACUAUUUGUCGCAGUUGAAAAAGUUCAAAAACCACUACAACGAGUCUGCCAAUGCUGACAAGAGUGCGGUGCUAAGAAGUAUUGGUCUCAUCGGUUUGGAAGUUGGCAACCAAAUGGCAACAUACUUGGACGCUAUUUUGGAUAACAUCAGAGAGGGACUUUCUUAUCCAGCCAACUCUGGCGUUCAGCUGAUUUUAGCCAAUGCCGUAUCCAAAGGUGAUACAUCAGGCGCAAAUCUUAGCGCCAUUUCUACCACCUCUCUGGGUUCAUCCAAGUACAGGGCAAUUCGGAAAGAUACAGAGCCAGCUAUAUUCGACUGCAUUGGAAAGCUAUCUAUUGCAGUAGGUCCAGCUUUGACAAAGCAUUUACAGCGAGAUAUAUUGGAUAUGAUGUUUAGCAAUUGUUCGUUGUCAAAGCCGAUGAGAGAUGUCUUGCAAACUCUAAUCACUAAUAUCCCAUCACUCACCCCAACCAUCAACAAAAAGCUACUCAAUUUAUUGAGUUUAGUCUUGUCAGGCGAAACAUUCCAGCCCCCUGGCUCUCCAUAUGGCCUGUUGAAAAUCAACGAAGCCGCAGCAAAAGAAUAUCGAUUAAUGAUGAUAUCUAGAGAUACGGGCCUUAGCAUCAGUAACAUCCUCAAUAACCCGGAAACUUAUCAAUCUUUAGAUGAAAGCAUAGCGGUUCAGGCAUUAAAAAUGUUUGCAUUUUUUGAAUUCGAAAAUUAUCAACUAAAUGAGUUUGUUAGGUAUUGCAUCAUUGCAUAUUUGGAUUCUCCAAGUCCUAAAGUGCGCCAAACAGCAACUUCUACGUCAUGCAAAAUAUUUGUCAAGGACCCUAUUUGCCAUCAAACAAGUGUUAAUGCAUUGAAUGCUGUGAACGAAGUUGUUGAAAAAUUAUUAUCCAUUUCUAUCACUGAUCCAAUAGCAGAAAUCAGACUCGAAGGUUUGAAAUGCCUCGACCAAGCUGGAGAAUUUGACCCGCAACUUUCGCAAGCAGAGUACGUGAAGCAACUUUUUGUUGCGCUUAACGAUGAGGUGUUUGCGAUUAGGAAAGUAGCGAUAAAGAUAUUAGGACGAUUAUCUAACAUUAACCCCGCUUAUAUCGUCCCUUCGCUUCGAAAAACUUUGAUACAAUUGUUAUCACGUCUAGAGUAUGCCAAUACUAGCAGAAAGAAGGAAGAAGCUGCUAUCAUCCUUUCUCUUUUGAUUUCGAAUUCGACUGAAUUAGCUCGUCCUUACACAAAGCCUAUUAUUGAAGCAUUGAUCCCUAGAAUCAAGGACUCAAGUUCUUCUGUUUCUGCCAGUGCAAUCAGCUGUCUUGGGGAGACAGCUGUUGUAGCUGGCGAGGAUAUCAAACCCUUCCUCGGGGAAUUAAUGCCGUUGAUCUUGGGAACUUUUCAGGACCAAAGUUCAUCAUACAAAAGGGACGCAGCCUUAAAGGCUUUAGGUAGAAUUGCCAGUUCCUCUGGAUACGUGAUCCAACCUUUGCUAGACUAUCCACAACUUUUGGGUAUGCUAGUAGGCAUAUUGAAGCUGGAAACUUCGCCUAAAAUUCGACGGGAGACUGUUCGAUUGUUAGGUAUUUUGGGUGCAUUGGACCCAUAUAAGCAUCGGGAGGUUGAACAAACUUCCCAAAAGAUCCCGGUGGAGCAGAAUGCGCCUCCAGUGGAUAUUGCUCUUUUGAUGCAAGGAAUGUCUCCUUCUUGUGAAGAAUAUUACCCUACUGUUGCCAUUAAUAAUUUGAUGAAGAUUUUAAAAGACCCCUCUUUGAGUGCUCAUCACAACAAAGUGAUUCAGGCAGUUAUGUAUAUCUUUCAAACCCUUGGAUUGAGAUGUGUCUCGUUUCUUCCUCAAAUUAUACCAGGAAUCAUAAAUGUUAUGCACAACUGUCAACCAAGUAUGUUGAAGUUCUACUUGCAACAACUAGGGGCAUUGAUUUUGAUUGUUAAGCAACACACUCGUCCUUUCUUACCUGAAAUAUUUGCAGUGAUCAAAGAGUUCUUCGUUUCCCCUGUGCAACCUAACGUCAGAGUCAUUCUUAUUCAUUUGAUAGAAUCCAUUUCGAAGGCGUUAGAAGGCGAGUUCAAAAUGUAUUUACCUGAGGUAUUACCAUUGAUGCUCAAUUUGAUUGAGGAAGAUAAGUCGCAUGAUCGGGAACCGUCUAUUCAUGUCUUACGAAGCUUCGUUGUCUUUGGUAGUAACAUUGAAGAGUAUGUCCAUGUUGUCGUCCCAACUAUAGUGAAGAUGUUUGAAAUUGGUCCACCUAUUUUGAAGAAAACUGCAAUUGAAACAAUAGGCAAGUUGUCAAGAACUUUAGAUCUAAAUGACAUGUCUUCGAGGAUUAUUCAUCCAUUGCUACGGGUAAUUAGCCAAGGCAACGAAGAUUUAUCUUCUGCUGCUAUGAACACUAUAUGUUGUUUGGCAUUGAGCCUAGCAGAUGAUUUCAUUGUUUUCAUUCCGGUGAUUAAGAAAACUUUGAUUGCACUGAAGACUCAUUCAGCCAUGUUUGACCAGAUUGUGACGAAAAUGCUCAACGGUGAUCCAUUGCCAACUCACCUAAAUUUGUACAAAGACUACGAUUCACAUAUGUCUCACUUUGAUGUUCCAGAUGUUGAUACACCGUUCAAAAAAUUGCCUGUUAACCAAGCAGCAUUAAAAGCGGCAUGGGAUUCAUCACAGAGGAACAAUACGAAAGAGGAUUGGCAAGAAUGGAUAGCACGUUUGAGUAAAGAACUCUUGAAACAAAGUCCAUCUCAUGCAAUAAGAGCUUGCGCAGGUCUAGCUUCAGAUUACCAUCCUCUUGCAAAAGACUUAUUCAAUUCGAGUUUUGCCUCUUGUUGGAGCGAACUUUAUUCUCACAUCAGGAGGAAUUGA